UGUCGAGUCUGAAGAUCCGGGAAAGUAGGAAGAAACAAGGAAGUGUAGUUAGCAAACAGCAGGCAAAGUACAAGCUAACCUAAAUCAGUAGGUCUGUUGCGCUGUUAAACCUUUGUCACUGUCUGUUCACCUAACGUUAUAUCAAAAUGCCUGAAAGACAGGUACCACGGAUUCACGCAAUUAACACUAGUGCAAGUGAUGGACUGGAGGGGUUCAAGGCACAUGCUGUGUUCCAGGAAAUCAACAAAAAGCUUCAGGAGGAUGGAGAGCAGUUUGUGAAAAAGAUUGGGGGAGUGUUUGCCUUCAAAGUGAAGGAUGGCCCGAAUGGACAGGAGGCAACUUGGUUUGUGGAUGUGAAGAAUGGCAAAGGCUGUGUUCACAAUGAUACAGCUAAGAAAGCAGACUGCACCAUUUCCAUGUCAGAUUCAGAUUUGUUGGCCUUAAUGACUGGGAAGAUGAACCCACAGACUGUGAGUAUUCACCCAUGGUGUGAUUUUAGCGGACUCAUUUCCAGGUAGCACUGAUAAUGAUUCUAGUGAGUGUG